AUGGGACACUCCCGAAGUCCCACCACAACAGAUCGCAUGGGACACUCCCGAAGUCCCACCACAACAGAUCGCAUGGGACACUCCCGAAGUCCCACCACAACAGAUCGCAUGGGACACUCCCGAAGUCCCACCACAACAGAUCGCAUGGGGACACUCCCGAAGUCCCACCACAACAGAUUGAGUGGGGACACUCCCGAAGUCCCACCACAACAGAUCGCAGGGGACACUCCCGAAGUCCCACCACAACAGAUCGCGGGGACACUCCCGAAGUCCCACCACAACAGAUCGCAUGGGACACUCCCGAAGUCCCACCACAACAGAUCGCGGGGGACACUCCCGAAGUCCCACCACAACAGAUCGCAUGGGACACUCCCGAAGUCCCACCACAACAGAUCGCGGGGGACACUCCCGAAGUCCCACCACAACAGAUCGCAUGGGACACUCCCGAAGUCCCACCACAACAGAUCGCGGGGGACACUCCCGAAGUCCCACCACAACAGAUCGCGGGGGACGCUCCCGAAGUCCCACCACAACAGAUCGCGGGGGACACUCCCGAAGUCCCACCACAACAGAUCGCUGGGGGGACACUCCCGAAGUCCCACCACAACAGAUCGCGGGGGACACUCCCGAAGUCCCACCACAACAGAUCGAGUGGGGACACUCCCGAAGUCCCACCACAACAGAUCGCAGGGGACACUCCCGAAGUCCCACCACAACAGAUCGCAGGGGACACUCCCGAAGUCCCACCACAACAGAUCGCUGGGACGCUCCCGAAGUCCCACCACAACAGAGCGUGGGGACACUCCCGAAGUCCCACCACAACAGAUCGCUGGGACACUCCCGAAGUCCCACCACAACAGAUCGCAUGGGACACUCCCGAAGUCCCACCACAACAGAUGGAGUGGGGACACACCCGAAGACCCACCACAACAGAUCGAGGGGGACACUCCCGAAGUCCCACCACAACAGAUUGAGGGGGACACUCCCGAAGUCCCACCACAACAGAUUAGCUGGGACACUCCCGAAGUCCCACCACAACAGAUCGCGGGGGUACAUCCCGAAGUCCCACCACAACAGAUCGCGGGGACACUCCCGAAGUCCCACCACAACAGAUCGCGGGAGACUCCCGAAGUCCCACCACAACAGAUCGCGUGGGACACUCCCGAAGUCCCACCACAACAGAUCGCGGGGACACUCCCGAAGUCCCACCACAACAGAUCGCAUGGGACACUCCCGAAGUCCCACCACAACAGAUCGCAUGGGACACUCCCGAAGUCCCACCACAACAGAUCGCGUGGGACACUCCCGAAGUCCCACCACAACAGAUAG